AUGUCUAUGACCGAUGGUGUCCUUACUGUUCUGCCAGCCCCCGAGGGGUAUGAGGUGAACUUUGAGAACCCGCCCCAGGUGGGCGCCAUCGCUGGCUAUUUUGUUACGGGCUUCGGUAUAGCCCUGGCAGCAACCUUCCUUGCUCUGCGGCUCUAUACCCGUGCAAGAAUCACAAGAAACAUCGGCCUUGAAGAUGUGGCAGUCGUCCUAUCAUUUCUAUUCGGCUUGGGUACCCAGACCAUUCUCUUGCAUUUAUGGGUGUCCAAGAUCUCUGGAGUACAUGCUUUUGAAAUGCCGUUCGAAAAGUAUCAAUUUUUCAACAUCCUCAUCAUGGUGGCCAGUAUACUAUACGUGCCCUGUCUUGGAUUUGCUAAGAUCUCGAUCCUGCUCUUAUAUCACCGUCUUUCCAAGCUGCCGUGGUUCAAAGUCUGCGUCUACAUCGUCAUGGGCAUCGUCGCGAGCUACAGCUUGGGCAUUAUAUUCGCUCUGAUCUUCCCCUGCCAACCCAUCUCUGCCAAUUGGGAUCUCAGCAUCACCGACUUCAAAUGCAUUGACAAGGCUGCAAUCUAUCUGGCCACGGCUGCCGUCAAUUGCAUAACGGACUUUAUCAUCCUCACGAUACCCAUCCCGGUUGUGCUUGGCCUCCAGAUGCGCAGAACACAAAAGAUUGCCGUGCUCUGCAUGUUCGCAGUUGGUUCGGCCACCUUUGUAACCUCUAUUGUCCGCCUUGUGUACAUGGUGCCUAUGGUGAAGAACUUUGAUCAAACACACGUGGUGUCGAUCCCCUGCGUCUGGAUCAACGUCGAAGCCAAUCUCGUCGUCAUCACCACCUCACUUCCCUCCCUGCGCAGUUUCUUGCGGCACUUUUUCCCUUCCUUCUUCGAGGAGAGCAACUAUGCACCCAACAAGAACCACGGCUAUAAGGGUGGCAGCUACCCCUCGGGCAACGGGUCGAAGUUGGGAAGCCGCAACCACUAUGGCCGCAUGGACUCGAGCAGGGAUAUGGACGAUGUCGAAUUGGAGGGCGUCCUGCGCGGAGCAAAGAAAGACGGUUACCAUGCAAAUACCAACGAGGUCAGAGGCAAUGCCAGUGAUGCGGGUGCUGACGACGACCACAGCGAGAAGGGUAUCUGGCAGACUAAGACGGUCACCGUGGAGUACAGGGGCAACAACCGGGUGUAG